CUUGAACAAAACGGGGAAGACAGGUCAUUAUGACGAAAUGAAGCAACUAUACCAUAUAAAACACCCCCUUUCCUCCUCCUAUAUAAAGAGUGAUGCUUAACCCUCAUUUUCUCUCUCCUCGUUUUACUUCCUUCCUCCGCUCUCCUCUCAAAAAACACCUGCAACCUCACCCUCACCCUCCCCCUCAUGGGGACCCACACCGCCUUGACCCAACCCAUGCGCAACCCACCAAGGCAGCAACCCACCCCGCUCGUGAAGCAGAAUUCAUGGUCACCAGACUCAGCCCGUGAAGAAUUAUGGCUGCGUCGCAAAGAACAGAUUGGACGACGUCGUUCCAAGAGUCUUACUGAUGAGGAUUUGGACGAGCUUAAAGCCUGUUUUGAACUCGGGUUUAGGUUUGACCCGAAUGAGGCUCAACCCGAUCAGAGGCUAUCCAGUACUCUCCCUGCUUUGGAGUUUUACUUUGCUGUUAACAAGAACUAUAACGACACUGUUUUUAAGUCCAACAAGUCUUCGUCUUCGUCGUUGUCGUCGCAAAUUGGUACUGCUUCGUCGUCGGAAAGUGAUCUUUCUCUCUCCUCUCUUAUCGGCAGCCCUCUCAUUAUUUGCCCUGGUGAUGAUCCGAAGACAAUUAAGACAAGGCUGAGGCAUUGGGCACAAGUGGUUGCUUGUUCAGUGAAGCACUCAUGGUGAUGAAGCUGCUUAAAGGGGGGUUAAUUAGUGUGUGCAUAACCAGGAACAACAAUAUAGCUUAUAUUUAGCAAAAUUAACCCAAACAACCUUAGACAAAAUGGAGAUAUAUUGACCAUUUUAAUUUUAUGUCAAACUUAACAGUGUUAUUAAUCUCA